GACAGAUCAGAGUUUACAAACUGGACACUGGAGUCUAGGACUCUGGGACAUGGGGACUCUGGACUCGGGGACUCGUGUUAGGGACUGAGUGUGUCUGUGUAACUUCAGGAGAAAAUGUUCAGCUCUGUGCUUUUACUUUGACAUUCUCUGACAGGAAGUAGUAUUUCACGUUUUUGUUAACUUGCCGUAUUUCCAACACUGUAGAGUCGGGACUCCGCUGUCGGACGUGUCUGAUCUGGAUCAUGGACCUUGUCUCUCUGUCAGUCCGCUCCGGUCUUCUCCUCUAACCCUCCGGUUCCCCCUGCGGAGCUCCAACAUGCUGCUGCCGGGAAACGACUCCUUUGGCUGGGCAGUGCUCCCGGAGUCCAACCGGUCCGAGGCGGCGCGCAGUGGCGCGGCAGCGGGCGGCGGGUCCGGGCCGGAGGCGGUGAUCGUACCCGUGAUGUUCGGGCUGAUCUUCGUGGUGGGGGUGGUGGGGAACUCUCUGGUGAUGGUGGUAAUCGGGAAGGUGAAAUACACGGGCGGAGGGGGAGGCGGUGCGGGAGGAGAGUGGAGGCGCUCCGGGAGCCCGACCAACAUCUUCAUCCUGAACCUGAGCGUGGCGGACCUCAGCUUCCUCCUCUUCUGCGUCCCCUUCCAGGCCACCAUCUACUCCUUGCCGGAGUGGGUGUUCGGAGACUUCCCCUGCUGGUUCGGACACUACCUGUUCACCGUCAGCAUGCUGGUCAGCAUCUUCACACUGGUCGCCAUGUCCGUGGACCGCUAUGUCGCCGUGGUGCGCUCCAAGAAGUCUCCAUGCGUCCGGAGCCGCAGGAACGCGUUGGCCGGGGUGUGCGUCAUCUGGACCCUUUCUCUGGUGUGCUCGGUGCCGGUGGCCCAGCACCAGGUCCUCACCAACCACCCCACCGCCCCGAACAGCACGUUCUGCUGGGAGCAGUGGUCUGGAGCAUCCAGACGCAGCUACAAGGUGACGGUGCUGGUGAUCGGAUACCUGCUGCCUCUGCUGCUCAUCAGCUGCUGCUACACCAAGGUUUUGUUUCAUCUUCAUAAAAAAAUGAAGAACAUGUCAAAGAAGUCUGAGCGCUCCAAAAGAAAGACGGCUCAGACUGUCCUCCUGGUCGUCACUGCCUUCACCAUCUGCUGGAUGCCCCACCACAUCAUCGCCAUGUGGGUGGAAUUUGGCACCUUCCCCCUGAACGAUGCCUCCUUUGCCUUCCGUAUUGUCUCCCACUGCCUGUCCUACGGGAACUCCUGCGUCAACCCAGUCCUCUACGCCUUCCUGUCUGAGAACUUCCGUAAGGCGUGCCGCCAGGUGUUCACCUGCCGCUUCCUGCUUCCGCCUCAGCCCCAGAGCAAGGUGGUUCGUUUCCGCAUGGAGAACUUCUCCACCACGCACUCCACCACCAACAUAUGAAACAUGGGAGGGGAGGGGAUCUGUAUCUGAACAGGUCUGAGGCCGAGGUUGGUCACAUGACAACAGAACAGCGUGUGAUUGGCUGAGAACUGUAUCUGCGGUCGGUCUCCUCUGGGUGUAGAUGGAGAAGAUGGAGGUUUGUUAAUGUCAGAACUACAGGACUCUGUGGAAAACAUUCAUCAGCUCAGCAUCAUCAACAUCAGCCCUGGUUUUUGAAUAGUUUUAAAGUCGAGUUGAUAUUAAUUCAUUUUUUCUAAUAAAUCAGUUCAUGAACAGUUUUAUCUGAGCUUCAGCUUCAGUCUCAUCAGAUUAUACUAUUUCACACAGAGAGAGAGAAACACUGACUGUGAUCCUUCAGCUGAACUUUGACGUGUGUGUGUGUGUUUAAGAUAUUUUCUAUAUUCAGGUUUGUUCUGUGUUUGCUAUAAGACCAAUUCUCCAACAUUCAGAAAAUGAAACAAACAGUCAGAGCCUCCACAUCAGAUCCAGGAUGUGUUGCUCCUUCAGCCUCUUAAAGUCAGUCAGAUCAGCCUUCACACAGAGAAGACUAAAUACAACAUCUGAAUCCUCCUGCUGCUCUGACGGUCUAAGACCUUCUACAAACUAUCAACUCUUCUUUCAGGUGUUUUUUUAAAAAAGGCACCUAAUGAACAAUUACAGGCUCGUAUCAAAAGUAAAAUUAUUGAAAAGCUGUUUUCAAACAUCUGAACAUUACACAGCUGUUUUGAUGUCUCCAGUCGGGAUUUUGACCUCAGCACUGACACUGCUCUUGUUAACGACUCCAAACACAGAUGCAGUCUCAGUGUUACUGUUUCUCAGUGCUGUAGUUACACAGUCAACCACAACAUAUUAAAAGACCCACUGGAAAACUGGCUUGAAUCCUACAGGAGCUACAGACAAAAACAACAUGUGGAGUUCCCCAAGGCUCCACUCUGGAGCCUCUUAAAAAACACAAAUCAAGUCUUCAUUAAGUACAGUACUCACAAUACACACAGUACACAAAGUACUCACAGUAUAGUACAGUACUUCUAGUUGAAUAUAACAGACUUUAGACUUUAGCAUUUAUGAAUCGACACUCACCAGUUGUCUGUCAGGUGAACUACAUCCAUGAAAACAGCUGCUGGGUUUUCAUCUUUCAGCAGGACCACAUCAGGAGCAGGUGGUGAAUUAAACUUGAACCAGAUCCUGCUACAGAGAAAACACACUGUCCAGUUUAAUACUGUGGAGUCAUCAGAGCUCUCAGCAUCAGAGGCAGCCACCUUGGUUGUUAAUGAACAAAUAGGAGUGCUCUGAUUGGUCUGUUUCCAGGAUAACUUUUUAUUUUCUAUUGAACUCUACAUUUUGUCUUGUUGAAAUGUUAUAAAUAAAGUUUCCUCCAGUUACAGCUGAUGUUCAUCCAUCAGUUGUUCUCCAACACUUGACUACAUUUACUUUAUAUUUAGUUUAAAGUUUCUCUGCUUCACGUGUUGAAAUAUGUUUGACAGUGACUUCAGAUGGCUGAAGUCACAAGAAGUCGUCUGGAUAUUUUACACCAAACAGUAAAAUACAUUACAUGACAUAUAAAGACUGUCUGUAUGAACUGAGGUAAGAUCAGGGCCAGGUUUACAGACUUUGGAGGGUCGUCAGACAAAAAUAAAAAUAAAAUUAAAAAAAAUAGAUAUUAUUAACAAAUAGCUGCUGUUCAUAACUGUAAAUAUCAGAUCAUCAUCCUCCCAC